AUGGCAGAGUCGGAGAAGAAAACUUCAUCAUCAAUUGAUCCGAAAGAGAAAAAGUCGUUGUUCGAUGUUGACAUUGGAAAUGAGUUCCUUGGCUCCUGGAAAUCAAUGUCAGUGAUGGAUGAUGACAAAAUGGAUUUUGGCUUUGACACAGUUUCCAGUGGCAAGAAAAAGGCAUUUAACUUUGGGAACUUAGAUAUGAAUUUUGAUCUGGGUUGUGAUUUUGGCAAGUUAUCAUCCUUCAAAGUUGACAUGUCAGACCUUGAUUUCCCAAUCUCAUCCAAAAAGGCUGCAAAAUCUAAAGAUACAUCUGAAGGGGAAUCUCCUAUGGGUAAUAGUCAGAGGAAAAAGGACAGCUUUUCAUUCUCUUUUGACUUUAAUGAGUUGGAUAAUUUUGAUUUUGGUUCAACUUUAAAAAAAGAUGAAAAAACUUCCUUGAAGAACCUAGAUAUUGAUGGGGUUGUUUCAGAUAGAAGUAUGCAUCAAGGCUCCAAAGGUAAUCAGGCUAGGGGCUCUGAUGCAGUUCUUGAUGAUGGCCAAACUGAAAAGCCUCCAGCAUCAGAGAGUGUACCGACUUCAAAGGUUGAGACUACUUUAGGUGGUGGAGAAGGAGACAGUUCUUUGAGUGUCAUUUUGCCUUCAAUAUCAGGAAUGAAAGAAGACACGGUUGUGUCACACAGAGCAAGAACUUCCACAGAGAAAUCAAUUUCUGCUACUGCUGAAGAAACAGACCGACAAAGUAGUUCCCCUGAGAGGACAGUGCCAGCUGAACCAUAUGCUCUACAAACAACACAGAUAUUAGCAGUCCAGUCUCUUAGCAAGAACGAUUCGACUCAAGAUAUUGUUUCAAAUGUAGAGAUAGAAAUUGGUUCUCUGAGGACAGAUGUAGAUGUAGAGUCAGGUGCAGAGCAAAUUGUUAACGGCAGAAUAGUCGAUGGUACUGAUCCUAGCCAUGAAAGUGCACAGCCAAAGAAUUCAGAUUCACUACAUCUUACUGGAUCAGACAAUAAUGGAGGUGAAAGCAAAAGGACAGAUGGUGGAACCCCAAUUGAUAAUACAGUAGAGGCUGAACCAAUGCCUGAUGAUUCAGACUUUGAAACCACUUCCAUCAGAAGUUUUUCAGGGACAGCACCACAAGAAAACAAUACCAGCAAGGAUAUCCGGAAUUCAGCUUCAAAACUUUUGGUUACAUUGGCAAGCCAACCCGUGGUUGAUAAAAUGACAAUCAUAAAGGAGAAAGAAUCAAGAGGCGUCUGCUCUAAGUUUUUUAGGAGAUCUGCCGAACCUGAGCCCCAGCUACAUCACCCAUCCUCAGAAGGUGUGGAGGUUUCUUCAUAUGAGAGCAAAGGAAUUUCUUCCUUGCAAUUAAUUCAUCCAGAAAUUGGGAAAAGGCAGGGGUUCACUACAAUCGAUGCACACUUGGGGAGAAAAUUGGUUGGGGAUUCAAAAUCAGCUUUUAGGGAAUUAUCAAAAGGUGAACCUACUUUACUGGGAAGUGAAAAGAAUGUUAAAAGUCUAUGCAAUAUCAGGGAAAGUAUCAACUAUGAUGGUGGACAAAAAGGCAGCAAGGCAGUUGUUACUCCAAGAACUCUUGCUGAUAAAGAAGUGCCAAAGAGGAAUCCUCCUGGGAUAGGAAGCAAAAUGAACAUUAAUGACCUUCAUAAUUUUGGUUGUGGAGUUAAUCCUUCCGGAUCGACUGGUAAGACGACAAAGUCCAAUACCCAGACAAGUGAGAACUCCAGAACUGUGGUUUCGAGCAUUGGAUUGUUACGGAACUCGAAGAUAAUUUCUGCUGAAGGGCUUAAAGCUAUGAAAAAGACACCUGAUCUUUCUAGCAUGAAAAAUUCCAAGACUAUGGGAGAAAACAAAGGUCCAAAUGUUACUUGCGAAAGGGAUAUCAGUUUUUUGAGAAACUCAGAGAAAAACAUGGAAGUAAAGGGAAAUAAAGCAUCCAAGUCUGUCCUUCCUCUUUGCAAUGCUGAGAAAAACACGCCACUGAUCACAUCUUUGAAGCGUAAAACAAAUGAGGCAUUGAAUACAGAUAUAGUGCCAUCAAAACCUCUCAAACGUCUCUCUUUGACACCUAGAGAAAACAGAAACUUUAAGGAAUGUCCAGAAAGUAUGGUUGAAGAUCAGGUUUGUGAUCAAGGUAAUCGAGGAGCCAGUGUGACCCCCACUGUUCUUUAUGACCAUUCCUCCGGACUACAGAUUACUGAGGAGGUGAACAUGAAAGAUGUAGAAAUUUCUGUGGCAUCAGAAAAUGAUGGAAAUGUCGAAAAGGCUGAAGCAUAUGCGAAAGAGCUUGAGGAUAUAUGCAACAUGCUGAAGAAGAAACACGAGGAAGCGAAAGAAAUCAUGGUUCGAGCUAUUGUGACCAAUAACAGCUUGCUGAUGCUUAACCAUCCCAUGUUUGAUGAGAAGAUGCGCAUGGUUGAGAAAUUUGCUGCACAACUGGUGUUGAAAUAGCUUCAAAUGAAAUGGCCAGAUCAGUUGAAGGGACAACAUAUUCUAUUUCCUGCUGCUGUUUGGACCAUGUUUAACAUCUCUCAACUUCAAAGCACUUCAAUCAGGAAACAUAGUAAAUACCCCAACUGCGAUCGAUGCUCCGCUUCCAGGUUCAACGGACUUGACCAUCCACGUCUUUAAUUUUGCAUAAUCUUCAAGAAUAUCCAUCCUGUUUACUUUGCUCAGACCACCCAGCUGGUGCUUGAGCCGCUUGUUUCUUCAGUGCUUCAAAAUAUGUUCAUUGAUUUAACUGUGCAAGAUGCUCUAGUUAGAUAAUGUCAAUGUAACUGGCGUUGGUUAGAUUAGUCAUGAUACAAAGGAAUGCUGUGUUUGAUUGGUUAUGACACAAAACUGCCAUAUCUUCAAAACACCUUCCAGUGGGCAGUACUAAGCUAUUUCAUUGAUAGCUUUGGGUGACUACGAACGUUCAAUUC